GUGAGCUCCAUAGCCCAGCCUCUGAUGGUGUCCACCCGCUUUUAGCUUUAGUUUUAGCCGGAUUUCAUACAUCUUUUCCGGAGCCGGCGGAAUCCCCAGGCUACACCACACUUCACCACCGCCGGACAUUCUUCUUAGUGGAAGACCUCGCCGUUUUAGCCAGGGUGAUGCUCGAGAAGCCAGGAGAACCAGGGUAGAAAAGGGCCACGGACACCUCGCCUGUCCAGCUUUGAGCCAUCACGGGGCGGCAGGUUUGAACAGGAGGGGAAGAACAUCGAGGGGGAACUUAACGUGCCACCCGUCCGACACAGCUGCAGAUAUCUGCUGGAGAAGAGCACGCCACAGAGAGGACAGUAUCGCACUGCUGCAUCCCUAUUUAAUUCACCACAAAUGUUGACACAUGACGACAGCAGCAGCUCUGGCACUGUCAGCCACGGAGAAUGCAGUAGCUCUGGAGAUGAAGCUGAGAGUGACGCUUUUCCUUGCAAAGAUUAUAAGGAUGUGGAGGGACCCAAUUGCUGGGUUUACCUUGGGCCCCCAAAGGACUAAAUACGCCCCUGGUUAUGGUGUGUGUCAUGUGAUGCAGAGCUCUCCUUCACCCUGGAGCCCAGUGACAUCAUUGCAGUACAGCAGCAGCCCCUUAUGCUCCACUGCCAGGUGGACGGCAUCCCCCCUAUCACAACACAAUGGCGGCACAACGGCGUGCUUCUAACUCAGGACCAGUAUCACACCACCUUCAUCAAUGGCUCCCUCCUCAUUGGCCACUUCCUGAAGACCAAAUCCGAUAACUCGUCCGAUGAAGGGGACUACGAGUGUAUGGCCCAGAAUUCUUUUGGGUUGGUGGUGAGCCGCAAGGCGCGGAUACAAGCAGCCACCAUGGCCGACUUUCAUGUACAACCAGAGGCGGUGCAUGUCGAGGAGUCUGGUGUGGCCAGAUUCCAGUGCCAGAUUCAUGGUCUGCCAGAGCCCGCUAUCAGCUGGGAAAAAGAUGGCCGUCCUGUGGAGACCAAGGACAAGAGGUACACCCUUUUACCUACGGGCGUUCUGCAGAUUACAGGAGUGCGUGAGCAGGACAGUGGAAAGUUCUGCUGUGUGGCUCAUAACAGUGCAGGAGUGAAACACAGCGCUGAGGCCCUCCUUACCGUUUCAGGUUCCCAGUCUUCUGUUUACAAAGAACCAAUGAUCCUAGUUGGGCCGGAAAACCUCACCCUCACUGUCCACCAAACCGCCAUUUUGGAGUGUGUUGCCACAGGAUACCCUCGGCCCAUCGUUUCUUGGAGCAGGCUAGACGGGCGCCCUAUUGGUGUGGAGGGAAUCCAAGUGCUUGGCACCGGCAACUUGAUGAUUUCCGACGUUGGUGUGCAGCACUCAGGGGUUUACGUGUGUGCCGCGAACAAACCGGGGACCCGCGUUCGUAGGACUGCUCAGGGUCGUCUCGUGGUCCAAGCUCCUGCAGAGUUUGUUCAACCUCCGCAGUCUAUCGCUCGACCCGUGGGGACCACCGCCAUCUUCACAUGCCAAGCCCAGGGUGAGCCGGAGCCCCAGCUCACUUGGUUGAAGAACGGCCAAAUCUUAGAGCCCGGGGGCCAUGUCAAACUCAGGAACAACAACAGCACGCUGACGAUUUACGGCAUUAGCCAGGAUGACGAGGCCAUCUACCAAUGCAUCGCUGAGAACAGCGCCGGCUCCACGCAGGCCAGCGCUCGCCUCACAGUGCUCUGGGCUGACGGGCUCCCUGGUGUGCCCACCGACGUGCAGGCCGAGGCCCUUUCACCGACCACCAUCCAGGUGUCCUGGAGGGAGCCCGAGCAGAACACGCAGGACAUCAUUGGUUAUGUCCUCCACAUACGCAGGACCACAGACCCUGUGGAGAUGGAAUACGAGGAGGCCGUGAGUAAGGUGACGCUGCAGCAGGUCAUCCGAGAUCUGGAGCCUUCCACCAGCUACACCUUCUACGUCAAGGCCUACACGUCCCACGGUGCCAGCAAACCAUCAGACAGUGUCAUGGAGAGCACUCGCGGGGAAGUUCCAGCACCUCCGUCCCUCUUCACCAAAGUGGUGAACAGCAGUGUGGUGCAAGCGGUGUGGGAAGCUUCCACCAAGAUGGGUCAGCACCAAGGCUUCCGACUCUACUACAGAAGAGCCCAUACAGCAGUCUUUACUGGACCCAUUGUCUUACCACGCAACGCCACCCAGUACAACAUCACUCAGCUGGAUCCUUCACUGGUCUAUGAGAUUAAUCUGCUAGCGUACAACCAACACGGAGACGGCAACGCCACCAUGCGCUUCGUUUCACUUCGAGAGGCGCUGGAGAAAUCCGUUCUGGACGCCUCGUGCGACUGUGUGCAAGACGAGCACAGCAAAACUUCCACGACAGGCAUCAUCAUUGGCAUCCACAUCGGCGUCACCUGUAUCAUCUUCUGCGUUCUCUUCCUCGUCUUCAGCUACCGCGGCAGGUUGAUGAUGUGUAAGGCGGUUCAAGCCACCCCCCAGGCAGCACGCAGCGCAGCGCUGGAGUCUUCCUCCUCUUCCCAGGGGGCCUGUGGGCUGAACACGGCCACCAGGAGUGAAAUGGAGGUCAAUGGCAGCGCAGGAGGGAACAAAGUGGUGGACAGCAACGAGCUGGAGAGGCUCUUCCCUCAACCCAACACACAAGAGACACGCAGGGUGAGUCUUGCUGACUCCACCGUUGUGUCCUACUCACCAAAUGGCACCCAGCUGUCCACAAUACCGCUCGAUGAAUUCACCAUCGAGCGGGACACGGAGACGCAGUCCCAGGAGUCCCUCGCGACACGAACGGGUCAACAGAACCAAGGCUAAUCCGCGUAUGAAGACCAACUCACACGCGGCACUGUCUGCAGUGUCCACUCAGCUUCUUUCUCACUCAGGUUGUUCCUUCAAAGUAGUUUGCAUUUUGUGCAAAGAUUUUUAUUGGUAAGUUAAGGAAGUUCUAGGGAGUCUAGGACUGCUUUAGGGGAACUUGUGUUUCGCCUGGCAGACCAGCUAAGUGUUCUUGUGCUCUCGCUAUUUGGUCUUUUGUUUGUUUUCUGGUGUUAGGCAGCACACAGAAGAGCCCCAAAAUGUCCUUGUUAUACAAAGAUGAUUUCCUUUUUAAGUUUAUAAUUAUAUAUUUACAUAUAUCUUUAUCAUCUCUAUGUCAAAGUGGUUAUAAGUUAUUGGUCUUAUCACUACUUUUCCGUGGAUGUCAAAGAUGCGUGCUGCCUCGACAUACCAACGAUUCCAUCUUCUCGCUCACAGAAGACCUUAGCCUUUUUCAAGGGACUCAGUGUGUUCUGUCUCAGGACUUUUGUUUUAUUCAGUCGGGAAUUCUGGGCCCUCAUGCAGGCGCUGGGAUGUGUGAAGCUCGUUAUUCAACAAAAACCUACCUCAGCCGGAAUGAAUGUGUUACGGGAAGCCUUCCAGGACUUUAUCUUCCCCUGUGUUCUCACUUACUUUACAUGCGGAGGAACUGAUGGGUCCGAAUUACAAGAUCAGGUGCCGCGCUACCUCAGAUGUCAAGAAUCGUCUCUCUCCUAAGCUCCUCUCGUGCUUGUCAAAAGCAAAACGACAAAAACGAGUAUCCAACAUAAAGCACUUCCAAAUGCUGAAUUGAAUGUUCUACCUCAAAAUAACAUUGUUAUAUUUGUCACAGUUGGAGUUGUUGUUUUUCUGUUUUGUUGUAUCAUGAAAAACAUUUCCUCUAUGUUUUGGUGGAAGAAUGUGAUGUGUGUGUUGGUACGUAAACGCAUCAGGGCCGCACUGAAAAGAAAAAAAAUAGGAUAUGAGUUUAAAGGCAAAAUAUUAUCAGUACUCGAGAAGCACUCGGAGAGCGCAGACCUCCGCCAAGUGCCAUACUUCCCCUCAUAUUGGGAUUCACACCAAAAUAAUAAUCCUACAUUUUUUGGAUCAGUCUUUGAUAUUUUGUAGAGCCGUUUGGAAGCUUGUCCUGUAUUUUUUUCCCCCCAAGUGCUCUGACCAUUUUUUGUUCCGUUAUAUGCACAAAUGGCAAAAAUGGUCCUAUUAAAGAAUCCUUUUUAAAAAAAUUCCUGGAUGCAGACGAUGAAAAAUGCAAUCAGUUCUUCCAUAUCCCAUUUCCGACAAUUCCUGAAAAUUUCAAUCAAAUCCAUUCCGAACUUUUCAAGUUAUUUUGAACAAAAAAGAAACAAACAAACAGAUAAACGCCAGCAAAAACAUAAACUCCGUGCUGCGCUUGCACUUUCCUUGGCGGAGGUAAUCAAAUUGGGACAUAAGAGAAGACAUUUUACAAACUAGAAGAAACCCAUAUGUAUCUUGGCAAGUUAAUCUUAAAUGGGCCCGAUCCAACAGUUCCAUAUUUUUUCAGUCCACCCUGGAUUGGUCACCAACCAAUCACAGGUUGACACCUAUGGACAUUGAGAGUCUCCAAUUAAUCUAACAUGCAUCCAUAUUCUUGGAAUGUGGGAGAAAACCCAGGCUCGGGGAGAACAUACAAGUACAAACCCCGAUCUUCCAGAUCUCCUGAGUGUGUGGCAAACAUGCUACCCACUAGGCCACCGUGCUACGUUUUAUUCACAGAAACUAUAGUGCCCCACUGGGAUCGUUUUAAAAGACACUGAAAUGAGCAGGAUUGGCCCCUCUUAAGCUACAGUCAUGAAAAAAAUGACUAGACCACCCUUGUUUCUUCAGUUUAUUGAUCCAUUUUAAUGCGUAAAGGUACAUUUGUUUGGAUAAAUAUAAUGAGGAUAACAAAUACAGCUCAUAAGAGUUUAAUUUAAGAGCUGCUAUCUAGGAACUUUCAUGGUUUUCUUUCUUGGUCUUUCUUGGUAAUACCCAAAAGUUCUUACAUGAAUAGCUAUAGCAUUGUACGGCCAAAAAAUGUAACUCUUAUGAGCUAUUUUUGUUGUCAUCGUUAUAUUGCUCCAAACAAAGGCACCUCUAGUUGGAUCAGGCAUUAACAUCAACAGGAAACUGAAGAAACAAUAGAUUUUUUGCAUGAUUGCACAUACUUUUCAGAGGCAACGAAAUUUCAUAUUAUCACACAUUAGCAAAGUCAUCAGUACGACCAGUUUCAUUUCAUUAAAAAAAAAAAAAACAGACAAAUUGAAAUUUUGGUGGAUUGUUUCAUUAUUGACCAAAUUGUAUUACCCAAUUCAUUAAAAUAAUAAUGCAAUUAAUGUUAAUUGUUUCUUUCCAUAAUAUUUUUUUUUCUUUUUAGUGUGGCCAAAUAUUGCAAAUAUUGUUUUUUUAAAUGUAUGAUUAUUAUUAGAUUUUAAUUUUACUUUUUUUUAACUGUUUUAAAACAUUCUGCAUUGAAAAUAACAUUUUCCAGACUAUCUACUGCUAAAUGAGCUGUGAUGCUCCUUUGGAUGAAAGGCAAAAUGACGUCGAUUAGUCUUUGCGCUGAGUGUUGUAUGUGUGUGUGUGUGUGUGUGUGUAUGUGUGUGUGUGUGUGUGUGUGUGCGUGUGUAUAAUGAAGACCUCUUCGUGUGCAAGUGAUUUCUUUCAUUCACUCUCAAGGAUUUCAUUUCCACACAAGCACAAGUCUGAUUAAACUGCCAAGAAAUAUUUGACACUUUUGCUGGCAUAGUCCAAUAUUUUGGUCAGUCAUUUCCACAGUCUCUUUUUGAGAGUGAGAGGAGACGGUUGAUGCUGCUACUCCCCUGAUCAAAUUGUGAAGAGGUGUUGGUGCAGUAGCAGUACUAUCGCAUAUACAAAUGAAAGAACUCGUCUUUAGACAAACAAAUGAUGAAAUGUCCAUUCUACGGCCGAUCUGUUAAAUUUUGUCUCUUCCCUGUUUUUGUACAAUUAAGGAAUAACAACUACAAAUUCUAAUGUAAGACAAUUAGAGCCCAUUUUAAAUGAAGCUUUUCACACUAGAGGUUAAUAUAUCGUCCAAUAUGUAGUAAUAAUACGACUAAGAUAAGAUUUCAAGCAGUUUGGUUAGGCUUCCUUCCUGGUUCUUUGGAGCGUGUUGCUAUCGGAGAAGAGAAACCAUUUUGAAGGUUUUCAGCAUUAAAAAAUAAGGGAAAUAUAUUUGCUUCCAGCGCUGAAGUCUUAUCAUCAAUGAGGAAGAUAGAGCAAGAGCCCAGAAAGUAAACAGAAGUCUGUAAAGCAUUUGCCGCACUCCUCUAGAAAGUGAAACUUAAGCUUGUGCGCUUGGAAACUGCAGGUUAAGUUUGUGUGAAUGUGAGAGUUAAGGUGGUGUGAGUGAAGAAUAAUGCAUCUAUUAUGUGUCGCCCAUAUCUAACAAUCUAACAAUUCUGAUUGUGCUAUGUGAGUGUGUCUGACAAUGCAGUGAGCUAUUAGACAGUAUAAUAUCUAACACUACAUUUUUUAAAUUAAAUUUACCAAUUACAGCCAUGGCAGUGUUCAGUGGUGCUAUGUUAAAAUAAAGUGGCACCUCGGUUUCCGUCAUUAAUUCGUUCCAAAAAUGUCAGACGAAAACCAAAACGUAACCAAACCAAACCGAAGCAAUUUUUCCAGUAGGAAAUCAUUGAAAUCUAAUUAAUCUGUUACAGACACCCAAAAAUAAUUAACAAAGUUAAUUAGAGAAUAAUUAUACAGUCGUCCCUCGCUACAUCACUCUAUUGCGUUUUUUCAAAAAUGUAUAAUUAAUAAAUCAUUGCUGUUUCGUGGUUGAAUAUGGUCUAUUAUUAGUAAAAAAAAAAAAAUAUAUAUAUAUAUAUAUAUAUUUAAGCAAAUUUUUUUUUACAUAUUUAUGACCUAAAUUAAGCAUUUUCAAGCAUAAAAAUGGCUAAAUGAACAAAAAUACAAAUACACUAGGUCCCCAGCUUACGAACAUCCGACUUACGAACAUUCGGAGAUACGGACGCAAGCUGAGUGGUCUAUAUUUUCAUGUAUUUUGCUUUGUACUAACUCAAUAUUUAUACUGCUACAUGCUGGACCAGUAGAGGGCACUGUGACACCGCUAAUGGGACCAACAGGUAGAGGAAGAAGGUGGGGCGAGAGUGUAAAGGAGAAAUGCAAAGCUAAAUUGUAGCUGUAUGAUACAACCCGGACAGAGCGUGUGAUUAAAGUUUAUGAAGAGUUAAUAGGCCUGCUUAAUUCUACACCACCCACAGAACACUACCUCUUUUAGAAGAGUCUAACGAUGACGACGAUUUCUCCUUUUUCAAUAACUCCUCCUCCUCCACCACGAGUAUGCUCAACCACUCCUCUUCAAAGGUAAAUAACAUUUAUCAUUACGUAUUAUUAUAUCAUUUUUAUUAUUAUUGUUUUUUUCAUUAAUUAUCCUCAUUUAAUUUUACUACUACAUCCAAACUCAUAUUUGCAUACAUACACAAAUACUGUAUAUGUAUACACGUACAUGUAGUACCUAUAUCAUUGGUAAUAUUACCUUUUGUUGGACUUACUGUACGAACAAAUCGACUUGCGAAAGGUCGCCUGGAACCAAUUGUGUUCGUUAGUUGGGGACCUACUGUAUAAGGCAUUCAAAAGACGUGAUAUGAAGUGUAAUACAGUAUCUGUGACUUGUGUUUGCCUUUAAGAAGCGGUGUCUAGGAAGUGACGUGUGCGACAUCAGCUAGCUAGAGUUGACCGAGGGCUGGAAGCAGGUUAGCCGUGUAGAGAGUGGCCGACAGCAGCUCCUGUGUGAAUGUUCACUGCAUGUGUUCUCUGCUUGUUAAUGAAGAGACUGAAGUGCAUCGUGAGUCUCUCCUUAACCGAGGAACGUUACAUUGAUAAGACAAUGUUGAUUCUAACGUGUGAGUCUACUUUAUCAUAUUUAGGUCUGAGAUGGAUUAUUUUGUAUUAUUUUGUCUUUUAUAUUGGGUAAUACAAGUGUAAAGGUGACUAUAGGGGUAUUAUUUCAUGUCUACAGGACUCUGAUAAUGCUAAAAAAAAAAAAAAAAAAACGUAUGUGGAAGGUCAUAAACAGAUUUUUUAUGCUCUAACUACAAAAAUAUUCUAUGAAUAUUUAAUUUUAAUUUUAUAUUUAAUUCAGUCUGGAACGAGUUAAAUAAACGAGGGUAAUUUUACAUGCAAAAAAUUUAUUUUUUUUAUCUUUAUUGUAGACUUGUGCAGGGGAAGACGGCAAGAUACGUGCAAACAUUGUGCAAUAACUGCACGAAAACUGAAAAAUUGUCAUCGAAAACCAAACCCUACAAAAACUGGGCCGUUCAAAAACUGAGGUUUGAUUGCGCUGGUUUGAGGAAAACAAAAGACAUCAACCUUCUCCUCUUACUUUUACGUUAAAAAAAGAGACGUCUGUUGGCCAAGAUGCUGAACUAUUUUCAACUUCACAUGACUUUGCUCAUGAAGGUGUGGCCUUUCACACUGCUGGUGCCCAGCAGGCAGGACAGGUGCUGAUCUUAGCCUGCCUUUAAUCUCCAAACCACCAUUGCUGCUCGUUUUUUUCUUCUCCUUAAAUCCUCAUUUCAGAGCUUCAGUAAUACAGUCAUGCUGGAUGUCAAUGACCACAGACAACGCGCUGAAUGAGGAGGUCAUUAUUUCCCAACAGUUCUUUUCUGGGUGGUGUCACAGGGUCUCGCUCUGAUAUGCAUUAUGGUUACCUACCUCAAUAGUUUCUGUCAGGUCAAAAGUAACAUACUGUACACUACACGCAAAUGUCAAAUAUUCACUGGACACUCACUAGCCAGAAAGACACAUACAGUAUGCAAAUACUUGUAGGCACUCUGUUGUGCACUCAUGAUCGCAACCAUGUUCUUGCUCAGUUCCUAGCUGAUGUGAAUGUGUAACUUCAUCGGAUUCUUGUUGUUGUUGGGUUUUUUUAUACCACGAACCUUUAAAGUUAUUUUUUGUCACUGGUGUUUGAAUUCGAUGUUUACCUUUGAAUAAAGAUAACUGUCAAAUGUCAUGUGGGUGGAAACUUACAACACAGCACAACGUGAAUAAUGAUUUAUUUCAAGGGUGGAAUAAUUAUACAACAUACAACAUCAACGAUUUUCUUUUAAACAACAACUGACUCACACAAUGAAUUUACGAUGUAUUUUGGAUGUUCUCUUUAAGCCUAGGUCACAACCGGUCGUAUGUGCUCCUACGGCCGGUCUACGUGCAAAAAAAACACAAAAAACGUGCUGGUUUUCGAGCUGUAGACCAGGCCGCAGAGGUUCUUUGUCAUGUCAAAAAAACUCUACCGGUAUUGACGUUUGGGUUUUUUUUAGGUUGCAAGACAAUCUUACGCACGUCGUACGUCUUCGUGCGUCGUCCGUACGACCAACGUGUGUCUUCCGUACGAUUUGCUUGAGUCAGGUUUGGGCAAAGUGGCCGUUUUUUUACGGACGCGGACAUGCGUUCAGAUAUUUCGUACGUCCCCCAUGCGCGUCCAGUAAGUCGGUCGUGCAUUGCCUGUACGUGCGUCACGUGUACAGGUGAUGUGCGGAUCGAUACUGAAAUAUUGAUGCUCCCGAUACCAGCUCCUCGUGCUCUAAAGUCAAUUCUUAAAUCAAAAUAUUGACACUUUUGAUACUUCAGAUAUAUGAUUUUGUCCUGUUUUUUUUCUGUUGCUGUAUAUGAGCUUGGCUAUAUUGUAAAUCACCCUGCUGCCUCAAUAACGCUACUAUGUCUUGUAUUCUUCAUGCUCUGAUUUGAAAUACUGUACACUACUUUUUAAAAUUUACCAGACACAUUAGGUGCAUUUGCACAAAGUAUCGCUAUUGGAUCGAUAUCGCAGAUACCAGCCUGAAUUUUACCCAGUAGGUGGAAAGGGAGAGAGUGCACUGUGAUGUUGCUCAUGGUCACCACAACUAUGUUCUCCACAAACAAACAAACAAACAAAAACGCAGCGGUUUGGGGAACGCCACAAAUCGCACCACGAAAAAAACGCACGUCCGGUUGUGACCGAGGCUUUAAACAAGGUCUAAAUCAGCCUCAUUCUGAAGCAGUGUGUUAUACAGUAGGCGACAAAGCUUAUUAUUUAUAUCAGCUUUUUCUACUUACAUUGCACUUUUUUGCAUUUAAAAGUAUUUUUUUUUUACAUAUAUUUAAACUAUAUUCUUGGGAAUGUUUUUUUCUCAAAAUAUUAUGACUUUAUUUCACUCUUACAACUUUUUCUUAACCCAGUUUUCCAAAUCUUUAUUCCUCAUUUUGU